AUGUUGUUCCUUCUCCUGCUGAAUUGUGUCUGGGGUAUAUUUCUCACAGACGACCUGGAAGGUGGCAUGGAGGAGAAGAAGGAGUUGGGCAAAGCUUUUCUGGAGAUGUUGCACAUCAGUAAGCUGUCUGCAGCCCAGCAGGCCAAACCACACCCAUACAUGAGACAGGUUUACCAGCUCCUAGACACACAAGAGGCCCGAGACUUGGGCAGCUCUGAUGGAACACUGGUGCAGAGUGUCCUGGGUAGGAGCCUAACUUGAAACAGUUACCAUACAUAAGAUGUUUUCCUGACAUUGAUCGGUCCUCACAUGGAAUUUGAGAAAGAUGUUUUCUGAUUUGUAGCUAAUUAAAUUCCUGUUAGUCCUGAAAAAAUGUUAGUUUGUAGUUAACUAAUAUCAACUGCAUUACAGUAUGCCAUAGUUGUCCCAGGAAAAUUAUGUAUGUGAUGUUGUUAAUUGAUGCCCGUGUCUUGUCCCAGGAACAUCAUGUCUAUGUUUAUUGUGUGCUAUGGGCUGACUUUGGAUGCAAUCAACUCCAUUGAUCAACAUUGUCUAUCUGGAUGUUCCUUGGACCAAGCAGACCCAUCACAUGUCCCCCCAGGAUGGCUGAGCUCGUCCUGUUCCGCAAGACCCUCCACCCCGACCCCCUCAGUGUCACAGUGGCUUUACACAGCCUGACCCGGGGGGCCUGAGCGUGAGUCUCCUCCUGGAGGAGAGGCUCCUGACCCUGGAUCAGCUACCCUCGUCCGGCUAA